CUCGACCGCGACGGUUCAGAACUUCCCUGGUUACAGUUACAGUUAGUUACAGUUACAAACUUAAGUAACAAACUCAAUUGUUCGCCAACGGGAACCUAUCUUUACCUAGCCAGCUACUUAAGCUUAAUUCCACGGACCAUACUUCCAAAACUGUCCAUCUAUCACCAAUCACCAAUCAUCAAUCGCCCGACAUGUCUAGCCAGCCUCUUCUGCAAACGGCUCCAGGCAAACGGAUUGCCCUACCUACCCGAGUCGAGCCCAAGGUCUUCUUCGCCAACGAGCGUACUUUUCUAUCAUGGCUGAACUUCACCGUCAUAUUGGGUGCCUUGGCCAUUGGCAUGUUAAACUUCGGUGACCGUCCCGCAUUCAUCUCGGCCUUCCUAUUUACGGGUGUAGCCAUGCUCACCAUGAUAUAUGCGUUAUUUACAUAUCAUUGGCGAGCCAAGUCGAUAAGAGUAAGGGGGCAGGCUGGUUUCGAUGACCGCUUCGGGCCGUCCGUACUGGCUAUCAUCCUCCUACUAGCUGUCGUCGUCAACUUCGUAUUGCGGAUAUCAUACUCCGGCGCAGAGGGUGGGAAAAAGCAUUAAUUUCAGACGGAAAAUCGGAGGAUACAGAUUGCAAGGUUGUGAAUCAGGCUCGUGGGAACUUGUUCAAGAAUGAACCCUUGAACGGUAUACCCAAAGUCGGUAGUCUUGCAAUAUCCUCUGCUAGUCUUUCAACAGUGGGCAAUGGCCGGUGCGAGUGGGAAGUUUGUAUAUCAGACGGUAUCUUAGCAUGGUAUAUUUCCUAUCGGGAACGCAUUUCUGGU